CAGCUGGAAGAUGAGAUGACUGACAGCUCAAAAACAGACACAUUGAAUAGCAGUUCAAGUAGCACAACAGCAUCUAGUUUGGAAAAAAUAAAGGUUCAAGGCAGUGCUCCACUCAUCAGGGCUCCGCACCAUCCAUCUGCUAUUCUAACAGUAUUAAGGAAACCCAAUCCCCCACCACCUCCUCCACGGCUGACUCCAGUGAAGUGUGAAGACACCCACAGGCCAAUUAUCUCUGACAAUCCUGUAAAGACUAAUGGGACUCUGCUACGAAAUGGAGGCUUACCAGGAGGACCUAAUAAAAUUCCAAAUGGAGAUACGUAUGGUAUAUCAAAUAAUAAUUUGGACAAAGUUCCGAUGCAACCUCUUAUUCACAGAUCUGAGAAAGACAGAUGUCCUCAGGCUGGAACACGGGAGCGGGUACGAUUUAAUGAAAAGGUGCAGUACCAUGGCUAUUGUGCUGAUUGUGACGUGCGGUAUAAUAUUAAAAACAGGGAGGUUCAUUUGCACAAUGAGCCUGCUCACAUCCCAGGAAAACCUCCUCAACAGUGUCCUCCCUUACCACCACCUCCUUCACCACUUCCUCCUCCCCCAUUAGAAAAUGGAGGGGUGGGCAUAUGUCCCAGUAAUAGCUUUCCCCCUCUCAGACCUGCAACUGUGCCUCCACCAACUGCACCAAAACCCCAAAAGACCAUCCUGAGAAAAUCAACCACAACAACAGUGUGA